AUGCACGCCAUUUCCAUCUCAACCUUUGCCGCUGCCCUUAUGGGUACUGUUGUUACUGCUCAGACAAACAAUGUAACAGAUCUGUUCCUUAUUGGAUUCGAUUAUGAUUCCACCAGUACUGACCAAGCUCCAUUUGUUGGUUCUAUUAUUGCUUCUGACGCUACUGCUACUACAUACUCUAUUGCCUGUGGUUCUAAAACCGCUGCUCCCGCUACCACUUCUUCCUAUCUCGACAACACUUACGAUUGUGGUGUUCCAUCUAACUUCACCUUUACUCAAGGUCCUUCAACAAUCGCUUAUACCUACACAAUCAGCUAUGUCGAAGAUUCUGCCGUCACCGACAGUACUUCCGGCACGUCAUAUGCAGCCGAUCAAGCUACAAUGACAUUUGGGUGCGUCCUCUCCGGUAGUUCUACUGGAAUCUGUAGCUACACCGAAUUUGAAUCCCUAGUAUCAACAACCUUUACCUCCGUCGAUGCUACCACCGUCAGUGGCACCGAGUACGCUGAGAUUUUCACCGGUGUUCCCGUUACCAUCACCGCUGGCCCAGCAACCACUACCAGCUCUGCAUCUGGUGCCUCUGCUUCUGCUUCGAAAUCUGGUUCAGGAUCUGCCGCAGGAUCUGCUUCGGGAUCUGCUACUUCUACCGGAGGUAUGCCCAUGAUUACCGCCAAGGCACAAUGGGUUGUUGGUGGUGUUGCUGCUGCCAUGGUUAUGGCUGCUUUGUAA